AUACCCCACCCAAAAGUUUUUGGUAUAUCGGGCAUGCACUAAGCCUAAACGUUGAGAAGUCAUAGGUACAUAAACCGAAUUAUGUUACCAUUAAAAUACAUGAACAGUUUUCAAUUUCACAUGAUUUUUGUUAAGACGGCAUUAAAGAGAAAUUCACCUCGACUUGACAGGCACGUUGAUGAAUUCUGCUUCUGAGAGCGGUCAGGUGGCAAACGGUGUGUGCACGCCAUUCAUUGGUUUGUGCAGUGAUAACUUUUCUUCCCCAUCAACGUCACAUGACAUCCUCCUAUCAGCUGUUACGGCUGCAACGUAGAGGUUACCGCCCAUUCCGUAUGGAUCGCCAUAACAAAUUCUCACCUCUGAGCUAAAUCGAAGGCUGCAUUGUGAUCCGGGGAUUAACGUGAACAUUUUGGCGUUAUUUUGGGCACGCAUGUUUUGUAAUGUCUUCACUCGAGUGGUAUGCGCACAAGUCUGUCGGAGACGGGCUGUUCUGGAUUCAGGAAAGGUUUUACGAAUCGUCCAACAGAGCUAACAUUUGGGUGAUACGCGGCUCCCACCAGGACGUGGUGAUAGACGCUGGGCUAGGACUGCGGAGCCUGCCAGAGUACAUCAAGUCAACGGGGAUCUUGGGGGAUGAUCCGCAACGCAAGAAUCCCAUUCUAGCCAUCGGGACUCACGUUCAUUUCGACCAUUCGGGUGGGCUUCACCAGUUUCAACAGGUGGGCGUUCACAAGGCAGAGGUCGAAGCUCUUGCUAAUGGAGACAACUUCGAGAUGGUUACCUGGCUGUCUGACAGGGAAAUUGUGGAGACCCCCGAGCCCGGAUGGAGAGCCAGGCAAUACAAGGUUAAGGCUAUCCAGCCAACGCACAUAUUACAAGAAGGUGACGUGAUCAACCUGGGCGACCGGCAGCUGAGCGUGCUGCACAUGCCGGGCCACUCGCGCGGCAGCAUCUGCCUGCACGACGCGGAGAACAAGCUGCUGUUCAGCGGCGACGUGGUGUACGACGGGCCCCUGAUCGACUGGCUGCCCCACAGCCACGUGGGCGACUACGUGCGCAGCUUCGAGAAGCUCCAGUCCCUGGCCGAGUCCGAGGAGGUGGAGCAGGUGCUGCCCGGCCACUACAACACCUUCGGGGCCAAGCGGCUGCAGCGGCUGGCCUCCAACUACAUCAGCGGGGCCGGGGCUUGCCACCGCCUCAGCGCCUGCGCCCUCCGGCAGGUGGCCAAUAUCGCCCUGCGCUCCUCCUGCUGUUAGGGGUUGGAGAUGGGUGUGGGAGGGGUGGAGGAAUGGGUGGAUGGAUUGUGGAUAUGGGUAGAGCGGCUGAUGGGGGAAUGAAGGCUUGUUGCCCAACCUGGCUGGCACUCCUCUACUUGCUGUACGAAAAGACAGAUAGAUGUCUGGACGGAGGAGAUGGAUGGGUGGAAGGGUUUGAUGCCCAAUCUGGCUCUCUUCUACUUGAUGUUAGGAUGGAGAUGGACGAAGAUGGCUGGGCAAAUGAACAGACUGCUGAUGGAUGGAUGGAAGGAUGGAUAGAUGGAUUGAUUGAUGGGUGGAUGGGUGCAGACCUGCAGGUAGUUCAGGUUUGUUUGCGGUUUUAUCCAUGUGUCACAUUUUGGUAUACUGUUUUUGACAUUUUUUAAUCAUAUUGUACCACGGUCACAGUCGGUCAUGUUGAUGCAACCUUCGCCUCCGCAUUGACUACGUGAUCAAGGACUGAUUAAUGAUUCAUUUCCACGCCCAACUCUACAGAUGUAACAUGAAUAAGAUGAAUAAGAAGAAACCUGGACUGUUGCUUCAUGUGUACACUACAGUAUGUUGGUGUCAAGAAGUGAAUGGGCAUUCAUAAUUGGACCCAACCCAAGGGGUCCAUCUCAUCAGCUAACCUCUUGUCCUCACCCUGUGCAUGUGGCUUCGAGCUUGGCUAGUGCCCCGCCUCUGUGUAGAAAACGGAAAUGUUUCUGCGCCGUCAGCCUAGGCACAACCACUUUUUUGGGGAUAUUUCCAUUCAACAUCUCAAUUGCAAACAAGAAAAUGACCUUUGAUUGUAUCUUUUUUUUACUAGAUAUUGAUUAACACCUCUAUCGUCAAUGAUGUCUUUCUUCGCAUUAUGAGGUCACUAGCACAAGGAGAGGGCAGGAGGUUAGGUAUGGAAAUGGACCCAUACUCUGCAAAUCCUAAAGGUAGGAAAGGGUUGGUCUGCACACUGCGUUUGUGCGCAAACAGCCAAAUGCCCAUAGUAAAUCUUUAUUUAUUUAUUUUCUGCUUUUUUUGUUUGGAAACAGAUGGUUGGAUUUAAGCCACCGUAAGCCUUGUUUUUAAACUGCAUGAGCACAUGUCAUGUGAGCACAGAGAUGGGAGGAUGAUGGAUCUGUAAGGGCACAAACGUGAGUGUGGGGUGUUGUCCUGGUUGCAACCUGGGCUCACAGACGUCCGUGAAAUGAACACGAUCCCUUGAACUCAAACUCUGUGGCAGUUUCACGGAUUAGGCCCCGAGUUGCUUUCGCCAUGUUCCCACAGCACUAUGUUAAGCCUAUCCUUCUCCUAACCUGUUAGUUAAGAAUUGUUGGUUUUUGAGAGAAAAUCGUUGAAAUUGGAAAAAUAAGGUAGAAAACACAAGAUUAGAGAAGACAUAGAGAAAGCACUUUUGUGAUUUUGUAUUCAAACUUGGGCCAAGUUCAUUUCACAGUUCUGUGAGUUAAUGUUGCCUGGUGAAGCCUGGAUACACCCCUGGAUUUUUGUCGUAAUAAGGCACAAGUGUACAUUCCUGAUGUUGAUGAUUACUGUUGGAAAAUAGUGAGAGAUUUAUUAGUAACAAAGUGGGUAUGUGGAACAGAGUCUACUGUAGUAGUAGGUUUGAAUUUGUGAGUGCAUAUAAAGUAUUCUUUUAUACAGUAUAUGGUGUUAUCAUGGUAAAUAUAAACAAAUAUGCAUGGCAUAUUUUCUGUAGCUGUGCAUUCGAGAUCUAAUCUAACUCAAGAAACAGCCAAACUUCACACAUUCAAGUAUUAUGGCUAUGCGCUUAAAACUUCUUUCAUAAUCAAAUUUUUGCAAGGUUAUGCAAGUUUCCCCAUGAUUACCAAGAAGCACAAACUUUUUUUUUCAUUUUAUCCCAUUUGAAUUCUUCCAAACAGGGAGGAAAUGCCUUUUACAAGUUUCCAUGUUUCUUGGAGAAAAAUAAAACAGUGUCUUUGAAAUAGAUUAGAGCAGUGGUUCCCAAACUGGGGGUCUGUACCCCUAGGGGGGUCACGAAGGAGUUGGAGAGGGGUCGCGGACAGAAGGGACUUGUAUUCUCUCGUCUGCUUAAUGGAUGUAUUUGCUGUCCUGUGGAUUUCUAGCAAUGUUAGUGGACAGGCAUUUUUUUGUCCAUUAAUAUUGCUAGAUUUUCCAUUAAUAGUUUGUCUGCUAAUAUUGCUAGCAAUCCAUUGCUAGGCUAAAACUAUAGUGGGUGGGGGGGACCACAAGUUUGGGUACCACUGGAUUAGAGAAUGAGGGAUUUGAUGUAUUUGUUUUUGAACAGAUUGCCCUGUGUGAAUCGCUACUGAUGCUUAGCAUAUGACCCCUAUUUAUACUUGAUAUCGUAAAUGUGCCAUUUGGUGUGAUGUGGAAUUCUUCCUUUGUUGCCAAAAUACCUCUGGAUGAUACGAUUCCAGACAGCCUUUUUAAGAAUCAUUUGUUUAUGGUCCUUUCAGAAACAAAGCGUAAUAUUUUACUUAACAUAACAAGCUUUCUUCUCUGCCCAAACUAUAGGCAGUAAAAAAAAAUGUAAAUAGACUAUUGGGCAGCUGCUGCUACAUUGUAUCAAAGCACCUGUUUUACCCUUUUGUUUGUUUGUUUACACAAUUUAUGUUAAUUUCAUUUUUUGCAUGCUUUGUUUUGCACAAAAUUAGCUGUUUAUUUUCAUAUCUUAAUUUUUUAAUACCAUGUUUUUAUGGGGUUUUUUUUUUCCGCAUGCUUUGUUUGCACAGAAUCGGCUGUGCCAUAAAUAUAGUAGUGGGAUCAGCAUGUUUUUUAAAGAAGGGCUGGGCACCCACUCAGCCUUGACAUUUUUUGAAUUAGUAUCAUACUCUAUCAUGCACAAAGGAUGAGCUACAGUACAGUACAGUACAGGGAGGGGCCAUUGCAAGUUCUUCUCCUUCUUGUCUUGUUGUCGGCAAAGCUCUUCCUAUCUCUAUGAGGACUCAUGGAGACCUUUACUGUAUGACUCACCAUAUGAGUAGGGGUGUAAAUAAUAUUAGAAAUGUAUCGAUAUACCGUGAUUCGCGACAUAGUCUGAUGAUUGAAUCGCAUCGCAUCGUAUUGUGGGGCAUUCCUAAGUAUCGAAAAUAAUUUAAUCGCAUCGAAUAAUAAGAUAUCGAUAUUGAAUCGUAUCUCCAUGGAGGCUGUGAUUUACACUAGGGCUGGGCGAUAUGGGAAAAAAAACUAUAUCACGAUAUGGAUUACUUUAUAUCACGAUAACGAUAUAUAUCACGAUAUAGCACAAUUACAUACGUUUUCAGUUAUUCUCUUUAUUUGGUCUUUAUUUUUUAAUGUGGCAAAACAACCUUUCUUUAAAAUGGAUCUUUUUAUUGUUAUUUUUACAGUUACAUGAACUUAUAGUGUGUAUUGUGACAACAUGGAAUGUAAUUAAAUGAUAUUCAAUUGUAUAAAACUGAUAAAAUUACUAUCACGAUAUAAACGAUAUAGGAGAAAGGUCUCGAUAUACACUUUUAUAUCACGAUAACGAUAUAUAUCGUCAUAUUGCCCAGCCCUAAUUUACACCCCUACAUAUGAGCAGUUGUUGGUUUCUGGAUAUGCAGCCUCUGUCUGUGGAGAGCAGGGCGGGGGGGCUAAAAAAAGCCAACCAUACUCAGUGCCUAACAAACCCACACUCUUACCUCGUGUAGCUGUGGCUGUUAACUAUUAAUGGGAUGGCUUUAUUUUAUGGUUUUGUGGCGUGUCAAUGUGUGACUAUACCAGGGCUUGACAUUGGCACCUGCCAACCACAACCAAAUGCUGGUAAUUCUCAGAUGUGGCUACUAGUACUAAUUUCAGUGUCACUAGCCACUUUUGACAGGGAGAUCAUUCUUGGGAAUGCAAAAUCAGAGUAGCCUUUAUUCCGUGAUUUGCCUCUUGCAGUUUGCAUUUAAGUCUUCAUGUCAAGCACAGGUGGCGGUAUGUAGUAUUAUGGUCUUACACUACAGAGCCAGUACUAGCUGUAUGGUGGAUGAGAAUUUAAGUCGUGGCAGGUGUAUUGGUAUCCCGUAUGUCUUGAAAGUGCUGCUGAACAAUACAGAAAAAAGCUUAGCCAAUUGGUGUUAUGGGGAACGUAAAAUGAAGUGUAAUCCUAUUAAUGAUGAACAGGAAGCGAGCACUAACAUUACCAGGUACACUAAACAAAGCAGGACAAGCAGGACCUCUGAUAUCCAAAAACAAUGAAAUAGCUCUGCACUACCUAUUUCUCCAAUAGUUAACAUGUUUUUCUUUUCAUUGUUUGUUUUUAGUGUGUCUUUUAAUAACCAAAGCAGCUCCCUCUUUAUGUCAUACAUUGUGGAUCUUUUAUCAACAUUAGACUGUAAUCAUUUGGUAUUCACAAGUAUUAUUGAGCAUCGAUACAAGGGUAAUGUACAGCAGUGUCAUCAAGUUGAAGGUAAUCCACUAUAUAUGAAUGACCGCUUCUUCCUUCCGAAUUUAUAUAAGAAAGGUUCAUAUUCCUGUCCUAAGCUGUGAGUACUGCUAAUCACUGGAGAUUUUAAACAGGAUGAAAUGUGAGCACAAUACUAAUGCUUUGUUGCUCCGUAAGUUGUCAGUGGCCCUGGUUCUGACCACACAGGGUUCACAGUCCAGUCAGGGUACUUGCUACACUCGCUGCUGUGUCUGUCAUUGAACAAAAACCUUGUAAGGUAACACCCACUGGCAAGUAGCCUACAACCACAAUAGCUAACAGGACAAAUAGCCAUACAGCACACGCUGGCAGGACACUUUGUCGCACAGUUACGGCACUGCACACAGUGCAACAGGACUACCAUGCUGAUGCCAUCAAGGCAGGUUCACCCUACCUGUGUAUGUAGCAAGCAAACAUUCAGCACCUGAUAUAUUCACACGUGUGGACCCUGAGGCCCCUCUUCUCAACUUACUGCUGUUAAAUGAAUGUCAAUAAAGCAUUUAUUGGAACUUUCAAGUAUUUGUUUUCUUCUGGGACAGGUUCACCUUUAUUGCAAAGUCUGUGAG